GUUAAAAAGGCCAAAACGCAUGACAAAUUUUAUAUUAGGAGGUUCUUCAAAAAGCUCGAAAAAUCUCAAAUGGUGUCUUCUCCCUUCUGAAUUGCAGAAUAGUGCCUAGUGGAAGGGGAUGUCAGACUUGUCAGUUCCGAAAGUGAAAGCUACUUGGACACCUGCUUUUCAUGAAAUAUUUGUUGAAGUGUGUCUAGAACAAACAUUGAAGGGCAACAAACCCGGUACUUAUUUUAACAAGGAGGGUUGGAAGAAUAUUCUAGAAUCAUUUGGCAAGAAGACUGGGGUAAGGUAUGAUAGAAAACAAUUAAAGAAUCACUGGGAUUGUGUUUGUAAACAAUGGAAAGCCUGGUGUAGGCUCACUAAUUGCAGUAGCAUGAAAUGGGAUCCAGAAACAAAUACAUUUGGUGCCACUCAAGAAGAUUGGGCUAACCAUUUAAAGGUAAACCCAGAAGCUGCACAGUUUCAGUUGAAGGAGCUUCCACAUGUUGAGAAAUUAGAAGUCAUAUUUGCUGGUAAAAUGAAUAAUGGAGACAAGCCACUUCUAGUCCAGCGUAAGCGAAAAGCUGCUGAUUCAACCACAUCCCUUUGUGAUGCUAAUGCAGUUGACUUAAGACAUGAACAAAGAUUUGCAAGUGGACCCAGUGAAUCCAGCUCAUUGCUUACAAAGAUAAAAGCCACUUGGACUCCUGCUUUCCAUGAAAUAUUUAUUGACUUGUGUCUUGAAGAGGUACUGAAAGGAAAUAAACCCGGGACACAUUUUACCAGGGAUGGAUGGAUGAAUAUUGUUGAUUCAUUUUAUGUAAAGACUGGUACGAAUUAUGAUAGAAUACAACUAGAAAACCAUUUGAAUCACACUAAAGAACAAUGGAAAAUCUGGUGUAAGCUCAUUAAUGACGAUAGGAUGAAAUGGGAUCCAGAUACCCGGUGUUUUGGCGCUAGUGAAGAGGAUUGGAUGAACUAUACUCAGGAACAUCCUGAAGCUGCUCACUUUCGCCAUAAGGAACUCCAGUGCAUUGACAAAUUGGAAAUUAUCUUCGAUGAAGCAACUAGUACUGGAGAGACAGAUCCUCUGAUUCGACAGAUGAGGUCCAAAGAUAAUUCUACAAGUUCAUAUUUGCUUAUAAAUGAACAUACCAUGGCAAAUCCAAUUAGUAAAAGUGAGUAUCUUUUUGAUGCUGUUGAAUCAAGGAGUCCUGUUACAGUUCCAAGGAGUCCUGCACCGAUCCAGUCUAUGCCCAACAAAUUUACUUACAAUAUUGGGGAAUGCAUUGAAUGUCUUGAUGGGAUGGAGGAGGUAGAACAAGGAAGUGACCUAUACUUGUUUGCCUUGGACAUAUUCUUGAAGAAGGAAUAUAGAGAAAUUUUCCUUCAGUUGAAGAAGCCUAGUGUUAGGAUUGCGUGGUUACAGCGGCUAGCUUGA